GGGCGGGGCGGGGCGGGGCGGGGCGGCCGGGUUGCAGCUUUACUCGCGGGGCGCGGGGUGCAGAGCAGAGUCCGCCGCCCGCAGCAAGAUGCCCAACUUCGCCGGUACAUGGAAGAUGCGCAGCAGCGAGAAUUUCGACGAGCUGCUCAAGGCGCUUGGUGUGAACGCCAUGCUGCGCAAGGUGGCGGUGGCCGCAGCGUCCAAGCCUCACGUGGAGAUCCGCCAGGACGGAGACCACUUCUACAUCAAGACGUCCACCAGCGUGCGCACCACCGAGAUCAGCUUCACGGUCGGCGAGGGCUUCGACGAGGAGACGGUGGACGGGCGCAAGUGCAGGAGCCUGGCCACCUGGGAGAGCGAGAACAAGCUACACUGCACACAGACGCUGCUGGAGGGUCAGGGCCCCAAGACCUACUGGACCCGGGAGCUGGCCAACAACGAGCUCAUCCUGACUUUCGGUGCUGACGACGUGGUGUGCACAAGGAUCUACGUGCGGGAGUGAAGGCGUGCGCUGGCCGUGCCUGGAAGAGUGCAUGUCCCCGUGAGCCCCGGCCUUCCCCCUUAGUAGGUGCUGUAGUGCUCCCUGCCCAGGCCCUGCCCCUCCCCGUGCUCCUACUCUGUUGUCUGCACAUCCCCUGUGUCAGUAAACUGUCUGGACACAC